ACAACUUUCGCAAGGCUCACGCUCACCUGGCUUUCCGCGUAAUAUAAUAUUUAAUACUUUUUAUAAAUUUUAAUGUAAAAUCACGGUCUGUGUUAGAGUUCAAUCAGUUAUGCCAGUGUAUGCGAUUUAUUUAGGCAGUGCGGCGUGCAAACGAUACAGUUCGAAAUUUUAAUCGUUUGUUGAUAUAAUACGUAAUUUGAUGAACGAAUCGACUCGCGAGUUUGUACCAGUUCUGCUAUUGACUCUUAAAUCUAGUAUAGGAUGAUUAAUGGAAGUAAAAAGAGUACCAGCUCGGACAAAAGUAUACAAGACGUAGAGAGAGGGGAAGCGCAUUAUCAGGCACAGCAGCUUCAAAGCAGUAGCGGAGAGAGCGAAACAAGCUUGGGAGCGGGACAGCAGCAGCAGCAGCAGCAACAGCCACAGCCACGUCUGGAGAGCAGCAGCACCUUGGUCAGUCUCAGCCAAGAGACUAGUUUAGAGGCCGAGGCCACAGCACCCGGUAGCAGCAGUAGAAGUAGCAGCAGUCGACGACGACGUUGGCAUGCGGCCAUCAGUUCGCUCCUGCGACCUCUCAAAGCAAUGUUGCUCUUAGCUAGUGUUUUGGCUGUCCUUGCCGUUCUGUGGCUCUACCUGGGCAAGCUCUUUAUUCUCCAGUUAUGUCUCGUCGCCUUCGUUGCGUACUUCGUCGCAGGUGGCAGACUUCGCUGGUGUUACGUCGCCUUGAGGACAGCUCCGCGCGAUUUAAAAGCCAUUUGUCGUUAUAUAUGUCUGUUAUGGAACAUAAAAAAACAUGAAAGAAAGGAUCGAAGUGUUGCUGAUGUUUUUCGACAAAAUCUUAUCGAACAUCCUAACAAAUGUUGUAUUGUAUUCGAAGAUCAAGAAUGGACAUUCCAGCAGGUGGAAGAUUACAGCAAUAAAAUUGCAUUUAUUUUCAAAUGCCAUGGAUUCAAAAAAGGCGAUGCAGUUGCUCUUUUUCUAGAAAACUCUCCAGAAUAUGUUUGUAUUUGGUUGGGUCUUAGUAAACUUGGAGUUAUUACUUCGCUAAUAAAUACUAACUUGAGAAAAGCCUCCCUUACGCAUAGUAUUAAUGUUGCAAAAUGUCAAGCUCUAAUAUAUGGAUCUGGUCUAGCGGAAGCUGUCAAAGGUGUUGUACAAACAUUGGAUUCCAAAAUACCACUAUAUCGACUAUCGAACGACUCGGGAGAAUCUUCUGACGAUUUAAAUAGUCGAGAAUUGAAUAAGUUACUUGCGGAAGCACCUAGUACUGCACCAGUAAUUCAAGAAAAAGGUUGUUAUAGUGACAAACUUAUGUAUAUUUACACUAGUGGUACGACAGGUUUGCCGAAAGCUGCUGUCAUAACUAAUUCAAGAUUCAUGUUCAUUGCGAGUGGAAUCCAUUUCUUGGCCGGAUUCAAAGAAUCGGAUAGAUUUUAUACUCCUUUGCCGCUCUAUCAUACUGCGGGCGGAGUAAUGUCCGUAGGUCAAAGUUUGCUUCAUGGCUCAACAGUUGUUAUAAGAAAAAAGUUUUCUGCCAGUAUGUACUUUAAUGAUUGCAUCAAGUACAAUUGUACGGUUGCACAAUAUAUUGGAGAAAUGUGUCGGUACGUUUUAGCUGUGUCACCAAAAAAAGAAGAUACAAAUCAUAACAUUCGCAUCAUCUUUGGAAAUGGCCUUAGACCGCAGAUUUGGCGUGAAUUUGUUGCUCGUUUCAAAAUCCCCAAAGUAUGUGAAUUCUACGGGGCUACCGAAGGAAAUGCUAAUAUUGUUAAUAUUGAUAACACCAUAGGGGCUAUCGGUUUUGUAUCUCGAAUACUGCCUGCAGUUUAUCCCAUUUCAAUUAUCAAAGUUAAUGAAAAUGGAGAACCUGUAAGAAACUCAAAAGGGCUUUGUCAAGUUUGUGAACCAAAUGAACCUGGUGUUUUCAUUGGUAAAAUUAUUCCUAAUAACCCGUCCAGGGCGUUUUUGGGUUACGUAGAUGAAAAAGCCUCAACGUCCAAGAUUGUUCACGACGUAUUUUCGAAGGGUGAUUCGGCAUUUAUAUCAGGUGAUAUUCUUGUAGCAGACGAACUAGGAUACUUGUAUUUCAAAGAUAGAACAGGAGACACAUUCCGAUGGAAAGGUGAAAACGUUUCAACGUCUGAAAUCGAAGCAAUCAUAAGUAAUUUUAUCAAUUACCGAGACUGUAUUGUCUAUGGUGUAGAGGUCUUUGGCGCCGAAGGUAGAGCUGGUAUGGCUGCAAUUCAUGAUGCAGACGGAACUUUAGAUAUUGCGCAUUUAUCGAGCGCUGUAAAAGAACAUUUACCAGUGUAUGCUAGACCUCAAUUCAUUCGAAUACUUACUAAAAUUGAUCUCACAGGUACUUUUAAGUUGAAGAAAAAGGAUUUGCAGGUUGAAGGAUACAACCCAAAAGUUAUUCGUGAUAAAUUAUUCUAUUUUGAUGCUAAACUAGGGUACCAGCUAUUAUCAGAGGAAAAGUACGAGCAAAUUCAAACUGGAAAAAUUAGAUUUUAAAAUGCAACUUGGAAAAAACGUGAAAGCUAACUUGAAGUACAAUAAAAAAAGGUGAUUUGGAAGUUUCAAUAAUUUGGGUUAAGUUGUUGGAAAAAUUCCUUGGGGUUAUAAAACAUAGUUAUUUUUAUUGUUAUUUUUUAUAUCUUAAAUAUGUUAACCUAUUGUUAUUAUUUUUUAUUCAAAAUGAAAGAAAUGUUUCAUGAACGUUAAAGUAUUUAACUGAACCAAAAAUUAAAAUUUAUUGCAUUCAUUAAGUUUGCAAAUUUCACCUAUUUUCAGUUUGUCUUGAUCAAAUUAUCAAAAAUAACGAUAAAUUAUAAUUUUAUUGCGAUCAUUUUUCUAACAUUCACAUGAAACAUCUGCAAAAAUGAAAAAUCUUAUUUGGAAUUGAAAGUUCUCUUGAAUGUUAAGUUUUUAAAGUUCUCUGUUGAUCUUCUACAUUCAUGAAAAAUUUCUUUUUUUCUUAAUAAAAAAAACAUAAGUAUUUAAGUUUUGGGUAGUUCUUUUAUUAUAUUGGUUAUACAAUUUUUUACGUAUUUUAUUUAUUUUAAAUCAUAAUUAAAUAGUUGAAUCUAUCCAAAUUUGUUUGGAAGUAUUUUUGGAAUUUUUAAAAUGUUUAAAAAUCGCUAUGUAAUGCAUACGUUUUUGACAAACAUAAGAUCAUUGAGAAAAUCUGAUUUUACAGAUUGAAAAUAAAACUUAUAGAGAUGUAUGCUAAUUCCACUAUGUAUUCAUGUUAAUGUAUAAAUAGCUCAAAUCGGAUUAUUAUAUAUUUUUUAAAUAUUUUUCUAUCGUAUGUGCACAAUGUAAUAUUGACUUAGGAUGUAUUAUGAAAGAAACAUUGUAUAUUUUAAGUUUGUCAAAAACUUUUAGAAAUUUCAUGAGAAAUCUAUACGAAUGUUCAAUUGUAUGGCUACGGUAAAAAAUAGAAAAAUAAAAAAAACUGUCUGCAUACAAAUAUAGUCAGAUUAAGUUUCAAGCUUUAGAUAUCGAAAAUUUAAAAAUCAUAUUACAUUCCACUUAAUGAAGAAAUAGAAAAAUUAAAGUUUCACGUUAUCGAUAUAUUAUAAUGGGAAAUAAUCAGUUCAAAACGAACGGAAAUAUUUUUUAAAAUGCAUUAUAUUUCGAAACGAUCGUAUGACAAAAAAAAUUCAAUCUAAAAGCACAAAUAUAUAAAAUUUGCACAAUAUACGUCGCAAUUUGCAAUUUUAAAAAGUCGCUUCUUCUAUUUUGGACUGACUUUUUUCCCUAUAAAAACUAGAACAAAGUAGUUAAUGAUACGUCAUAUCUACUUAUCGUUAUAUUAUGCUAUGGAUACUGGUAGCACAGUGAUAUAACGUAGAAGCGCAACAAAGUAUAAUUUAUUCAAUAAAUAAAUCACUAAAUUCAUUAUGCUUCCCUACCUGAAA